AUGAUGAAGAAGAUGAAGAAGAAGAAGAAGAAGAAGAAGGAGGAGGAGAAGGAGAAGGUAGUAGAAGACGGUGAUGAAAACGGAGAAAAAAAAAUUGAUGAACAAAAUUUGAACGAUCGAAAAAAUGCAGUAAUAAAUACACCAACCAAAAUUUGGCGUGAAUCAGCUUUUUUUUCUUCAUCUCUUCAGUGCCUCUCCCAAUUUUUUUUAUUCUCCAAUUCUUCACCAUCAUCAGCAUCAUCAUCAUCUUCUUCGUCUUCGUCUUCUUAUUUUUCUUCUACUUCAUCUUCUCCACUAUCUUGUUUGAGUUGCUUGGCAGAGGCACAAAAAAAAAACAAGACAUCUUCUAAUUUUUCGUCUAAAAGUUCCUUUUCGUUUAUGUAAUU